AUGUCCGGCUGGCAAACGCAGCUAGUAUAUGAUAUUGUGUAUGUGCACACGGAAACUAUUGCCUUUUGCCGUCAUUACCAUUCAUGCCGGCCGGAUUUUUGUUACGAUUCAUUGGUCUAUGAUUUUGCCAAUGUUAAUAAUGGAAAUUACUUGAAGAUUUGCCUUCAUUCAUCGUCAUCAUCCUCAUCGUUGUCGUCGCUAUCAUUUAUACCACAUUCGCAGGAGGGAAGAGAGGAGUUUUGUGAAAUAAAUCUGGUGACAAUGCAACCGCGCCACUUUAAACGGUUCUUGAGAAAAUUCAUUGUUUUUGUUGUGACGUUAAUUGUACUGACGGUGAUUACCAUCAAAGUGGUUGAACAACGUUUGAGUAAACAAUUGUCGGAGAAUUUAAAUCAAUCGGUUCUAGAGAGAAAUGUAAAGCAUGAUCAUCGACAUUCUGAUAUUCCGUUUUUACAUAGCCCAUCUGAUAAUGAGGAGAUAAAAUCCCGACGCCCCCGUCCUGCUGUAAUAAAUGGUCAUCCCUAUAUUAGGCCCAUUUUGGAGGGUGAACUCAACCUUACGCAGUUUUAUGAUGUCAGAGUGCCAUUUCAAUUGCCCGAACCUAAGGGUCCCAAACGAGAUUGGCAUGAUUAUGUGGCAAUAGAUAACGAUGCUAAACGUGUGGGUUUGGGUGAACAUGGAACGCCAUCAUAUAUUACCGAUGAAUCGAGAAAGAAAUUGGAGGAGACAUUGUAUAAGGAAAACGGUUUCAAUGCCUUAUUGUCCGAUUCGAUUUCCGUGAAUCGUUCUGUUCCAGAUGUUAGAAAGGAAGAAUGCCGCCACCGACAAUAUCUGAUCCAUUUGCCAACGACAAGUGUGGUAAUCCCGUUCUAUAACGAAUACUUUAGUGUGCUAAUCCGAACCCUGUAUAGCAUCAAAAAUCGCACACCUCCUGAACUCUUACACGAAAUUAUCAUUGUGGAUGAUUUCAGUGAUCGCGAAUAUUUAAAACAACAAUUGGACGAUUAUGUGGCCAAUUACUUUCAUGGCUUGGUGAAAAUUGUACGACUGCGAGAGAGAACAGGUUUGAUAGGUGCCCGACUGGCUGGUGCUCGUAGUGCGACCGGAGAUGUUUUGGUGUUUUUCGAUUCUCACAUCGAGUGUAAUUACAAUUGGUUGCCACCGUUGUUGGAGCCCAUAGCCAUGAAUAAACGCAUCUCCACUUGUCCCAUUAUCGAUAGCAUCGAUCAUGGCACAUUUGCCUACAGCGGAGGAUAUCAGGAGGGAUCAAGGGGAGCAUUCGAUUGGAAUUUUAAAUACAAACAAAUGCCGGUGUUGGAAGUGGAUGCGGUGGAUAAAACUCAGCCAUAUCGUAAUCCAAUUAUGAUGGGUGGUCUAUUUGCCAUUGGGAGAGAAUUCUUUUGGGAAGUAGGUGGCUAUGAUGAGGGUCUUGAUAUCUGGGGAGCAGAGCAAUAUGAAUUGAGUUUCAAAAUAUGGAUGUGUGGUGGCCUGCUGAUUGAUGUUCCAUGUUCUCGUGUGGCACAUAUAUUCCGUGGUCCGAUGACACCGAGGCCGAGUCCUAGAAAUUAUAGCUUUGUGGCAAGGAACCACAAGCGUGUUGCUGAAGUGUGGUUGGAUGAAUAUAAACAAUAUAUCUACGAACGUCUUCCGGAUGCCGCUGCCAUCGAUCCUGGUGACUUGACCAAUCAAAUUGCAAUUCGUGAACAUUUGAAAUGCAAAUCAUUCAAAUGGUUUUUAGAAAAUAUCGCACCCGAUCUACUAGAGCAGUACCCUCCUGUACUGCCACCCAACUAUGCCUCGGGUGUUAUUCAGAGUUUGGCUUUCCCCACAUACUGUAUUGAUUCCAUGAAUAAUGGUGUGAAUAGUGCAAUAGGUCUGUUCACCUGUGCUUCGAAUAAAACACAUCCGCAGGAUAAUCAGUUCUGGGCGUUGAGUCAUUUCCAUGAUAUACGAAAGAACUCGGGCGAUAGAGACAUUUGCUGGGAUGUAAUGAAUUCACAUGAGAAUGCCACGGUGUGGAUGUGGUCAUGUCACAACAAGGGAGGAAAUCAAUAUUGGUCCUAUGAUCGGGAGCAUGAAAUGAUAAGACAUGGUGUUAAUCGAAAGUUUUGUCUGGAAGCCUUUGUCAACGACAAUGAGAAAAUCGUCGUCGCGAAUGCUUGUGAUAAAUUAAAUCCAAGGAUGAAAUGGACAUUUGGUUGGUUAAAUGAGACAGCUCUGAAUGGGAUUGAAAUGCAUAAGUUUAAUAGUAAUAUUAUUUAG